AUGAAUGGAACUAAUCACGAUGAAAACAAGAAGGAAAAACUAGUGAUAUCCUGCGAAAAAAUAUGUUCUGCCGAAAGCACAAAGUACAAGAAUUCGCUGUUUAAGUUGAAGCAACAGGAGAGUUUGAUAGAAAAUAGUCUGCUUAAUUGGAUGGAGAGCAUGAGACUGAAAUCAGAAGUUAUGCAACUUGUUUUGCGUGAUAUAAGUGACAUCUCCAGAAAGAGAGAAAUUUUGUUGGAUGGCGUAAAAAAAUCUUUGGAAGAAAUUACAGAAGAGUUUAAAUCGGCGAAAUUCAUCAUAAAAUGUCCCGAACAAAUUCAAAAUCUAGAUACAAACGCGUACAAACAGCGACUGAUAAGACUGUCACAAAAAAUUCGGGAUUUUCAAGAGUCCUGCCGGAUUGAGUCCUUAUCGCAGGAGCAAACAACGCUCGAAUCUGAAGUACGCGAAUUUAAAUUGAAUUUACAUAAGUACGAGAACGUGACUCGUAACGUUAACAAACCGACUUUUGCCGCGUCCUCCAACAAAAAUGCUAAAGGCAGUAAAGAUUAUAAGGAAAUCCAAGACUUCCAAGCGCUAAUUGCUAAAACAGGCCACACCGAUAAUUGGAGCGACGAAGAUCAUCUGCUGUUCUUGAAGAUGCGGCAAAAGUGCAGCAACAUACCCGCCCUGGUGGCCGCCAUUCAGAUCAAAUGUCCGGAUUUAACUGCGGAGAUCAUAGUGAAUCAUGAGGCCUGGUACAAGGUUUAUCUGAAUUUGCAUGAGAAGCAACGAACGACUGUCAGAGAGUGGCGUAAACAGAAAGAAAUAGAGAAAGAGAAGAAAAUCCGAGGAAAUGAAGCGGCGGCCGAAAACAUGACGGAAAUUUCUCGUGGAAGAUCGAUUCCCGAUAUCACGGAGAAACUUCCGCCUGGCGCGACCAAUAAAUGCGAGACGAAAGUAGCAAUGCCCAGCAACGUCGUCGACGUCGACAGCGUCAAUCAGAAGAAAGAAUUAAUAAGACAGUGGAGAAUGGAGAGAGAGAAUAAACGUUCGAUGGAAGAGCAGCAGUCCAAGAUUUUGACAGAAUCGAAGCUCGCCGCGCAAGAGAAACGCAAACAAGACAGAUUAAAGAAAAUUCGCGCGGAUUUGAUUGACUAUCACGAGAAAAAACUGACAGAACUCUCCGCCACUCUCUCCAAAACAUCGGGAAAUGAUUCGAGAACGGAACGGAAAUGCAAUCCGGCGAUGAUCAAGGCCUUCAGAAAACAAGACGAACAAUAUGCAAGAAGAAAGAAAAAUAUAAUAGCGACACUACGAAAGCCGGCUAAACAUCAAACGACGAAGAUCGCAAGAUCGCAGGUGACGAAAGCGCGAGAUUACUCGACUCUGCUGAAUCCAACCAAAGUUUGGAGCGAAAGGUGUAAAAUGCAAAAUCCUGACGCGAAGGAGCCGAGAAACUUACAAUACAUCAAGGACGUUCCUCGUUUAUACGUCCAAUGGAGAAAUAAAGAGUCGAUGGACAUCAAGAAUAUCCCGACGUAUGCCUGAGUCGAUCAUUUAUCUCCCUCUCCGAACGACAUUCAUGCGUAACGUGUGGCAAGGACAAAAAUAAAGGUACGGAACAUUGAUAUAUACUUAU